AUGGCCGGAGGUAGCCGCGGGCAGCCGCUGACACCCGAGCAGUCCACGGCGCUGUUUGACAUCCUCACCCACUAUGAGACGUACAAGGAGAUAGAGGAUUUUAAGUACCCCGGAGCAAUCCACAAAUAUGGCCCGCCUUUCCAGGAUGAUCUGAACUCCUCCCAGUCGCCUAUCUUGCAGUCGCUGCUUGCCAAGUUCGUCCUCAAACUUCCGGGCCUCCGAGACGUCCCCGAGCACUUCUGGAGAGAUCGCGUCCAGAACCUGAUCGAGGAGCUUGCCCAAGCCGAGCUGAGCGAAAGCUAUGAUAAAGGUAUCCUGGGCAUCCGAAAGACCUUAGCCACUGCAAUAUCUGCUCUCGUAGAAUAUCCGGCUCGUGGCGCUCUUGGCGGUUUUCCCAAACACGAUGUGGACAAGUCCCGGAAAUACGACAUCUCGAAUCCCGACGAUGUAUUGCAAGCCUGGCGAGAUUGUAUCCAAGAGGCCGUCUAUGGCGACUUGAUUGACAAGCUAUUCGCGAAAGCUGCAGAAACGGACAACCUCAAAGAGCAUCCUCCUGUCGUCCAAGGAAUGCACGAGUUUAUGGUUGUAAAGUAGGCGCUCCCUGUCAGAUCUUCCUGGCUUCACUUCAUCCAUGGCAAUGCUGACGAGCACAGUAUCGCCUCAAUCAUGCACUACACAUUGGUUUUGUCGCCCGAAGGACCGACCCUUCUGCGAAUGAUCGACAGUGUGCAUAAGCUUCUCCCGUACAUGGUGAUUCGACAGACGCUCAAAGUCGGAAAUGUUGCGACCAUGCUUUCAGGUCUGAUGAGGGUCAUACUUGCGAAGGCCAGCGUUGCAAGCGUCACAAAUUGGAUAGGACUUAGCAGUGGCGCCGACGAAGGCAUGAAUCUGAUGCAGCAGUAUGCAAAUGCUCGCCCUGGUACCUAAAAGUGGUUACUGAUGAUACCCAGGAUUAUCUCGCAGGUGCUUUCGUGGGACAAGCGCGAGCUCAGAAAGCGCGCCGAGAAGAUUGAGAAAGACAAGAACGCGCCUCCCAAAGAAGUCAGAGAAGAGCUCAAGAACUGGAUUCAGAGAAGUCGCGCUGAGCAUGAUGAAUGUCGUAGACAGAGCCAAGAGCAAGGCAUGUCGAUUGUUGCGGUGAUCUUGUCGCUAUCCUCCGCAUCAGCAGAACUCUCCGAGUCGCAGCACGAAAAGGCUCUGGAAUAUCUUUCGCUACAUUUGGCGGUGCGAGACCGACAAGAAAUAGUGAAGGUGCUUUGUCAUAGAAAUCCGGACAUCUUGACUGCUGCUGUCCGAGAUGGCGUCGACGCUUACACUCCCAUGAUCAGACAUAUACAUCAGGCUGUCAACUUAAGCGACACGCUCUGGGACUUUGAGCGCUUCGUCACAGACACACUGAAGAUUGCAAAGCCGACUGGGCCAAAGGGAGAAGAGAAGCCGCCCACCGUUGAGGAUUUUGUGGACUUGCUACACCGGCAUCAGACGAGCUGCCACAAGUUCUUGCAUCAGUUCGCCAAGAACGGUCACGAGGUAACUACUUGGUGGAAAGAGUAUGUCCAUAUGGCUGCUGCACAGUUCCGAAGCAACGAGAAGCCGCCUCCCUCGGAAUCUGUUGUAUCAGAUAAGAUGUCUACCGGAGGCAUCAAGGAAGCUUUGGACGAUGCCUUCGCCAAGUUAUCAGAAGAGAACCAGAAGACAGUCCGGAACGAAGUCGAUGCACAUCGAAAGUACGUUCAAGACCUGCACGCCGCGUCAGCGGCUCGAAUCAGCGCAGUCAUCAAGCGAGACCAGGCGACACCGUUCGGACCAGGCGCAUACAUCGCUCGUUGGCAGCAGCUCAUGGAUGACACUUGCAUCACACCAGCCCAAGCUCAUGGCAAUGUCCGAUACGGGGCUAGCAAAAGCGUCAAAGAAGAUACGCGGAAGGAUAUUGAGACGGGUGAGGGCGCGGGAUUCGUCACCGAAAAAGACAUAGAAGACGCGCAGAAAUCAGCUGUCGGCAAGCUGCCGGUGGCUCCGAAGACCGAAGCUACCUUGCGUCUUCUCGCCUCUCAAUUCAGGGAGAAACUUGCUUCGGGCUAG